UUUCAACAUGUGGUGUGCCAAGCUGCCAAUAUUCUUAAGCGGGUAGUCUCUUAUUGGAAGGUCGCAUUGGACAAUCAGAGAAUCCGUCAGCGCUUGCAUCAAUGCAUGCACACUGCUCCUCGGGUCUGCUCUUCCUACAGCGACGACUGUCUUGAUUGGAUAGCAACCACCGCCAGUUGUGGCGAACCAAUUCCAUCUUGGAAGAACUGA